AUGCCACGACCUAACUCGAAGAAGCCACUGUCUAACACAAAAGCUGCCAUAGACUCCAGAAAACAAAGAGCCCGCAAAGCUGAAGAAAAUGAAAGAUUACGAGCAGAAAAUGAAAGAUCACGAGCAGAAAAUGAAAGAAUACAAUCAGAAAAUGAAAGAUUGAAAUCAGAAAAUGAAAGAUUACGAUCAGAAAAAGAUAGAUCCCAAUCAGAAAAUGAAAGAUUGAAAUCAGAAAAUGAAAGAUUGAAAUCAGACAAUGAAGGCUUACAAUCAGAAAUCAGAAAUCUCAGCAGAGAACUGAUUACUGAACUUCGUAAAAAUCAUCAAAAUGAUGAUAGAAUACCAAGUGUAGGUUCAACUGAUGAAUAUGACCUCCAUCAAUAUGGAUCUCAUUAUCGAGAUGGUCAAAA